AUGGCUAGUGUCAAUGGCUGCGAUAACUUCCCUAUCCGGGUUGUGAGCCGGCGCAUGGUGAAGGCCUCCGACCCCUCCAUCAAACAGCACAUCCUAGCCGUCUCUAACCUCGACCUCGUCCCACAGAGCAUGCCGAUCGCCACGGUCUGCAUAUACAGCCGCGCAACAGCGCCCGGCAUCAAUGCCAUCACUGCAUCAUUCGAGGCUGGCUUGCCUUCCUUGCUGAACCACUAUUUCCCGCUCGCCGGCCGCAUCGCGACCAACCCAAGCUCCGGCCUCCCCCAGAUCCACUGCAACAACCAUGGCGCGGAGCUCGUGGUUGGCGAGGCCGGCGUGGCGCUUGCAAGCCUGGACUACGGCGCCAUGAACGUGUCGCUGCGGAAGGUCCUGCUGCCAUGCGGCGGCCAGGACGUGGCCCUGUCCGUGCAGGUGGUGUCGUUCGCGUGCGGCGGCUUCACUGUCGCGUGGCGCACCAACCACCUCGUCAUGGACGGGACCGCGCUGGGCUCGCUCGUCGGCGCGUGGUCCGAGCUCGCGCAGUCGGGGGCGCUCGCGGCGGGAGCCCGGCCGAACCACGACCGCUCCGUCUUCCGCCCACGCGCGACACCGGCGUACUCCGCCUCUCUUGACAAGGCGUUCACGCCGCUUGAUCCCCGGCGGCAGGUCAAUGUCCUGACAACCAGCGACAGCUUCGUCCAGCGCUUCUACUACAUCGACGCGUCCGACAUCGCGCGGCUGCGCGAGCUGGCGAGCCGCGACGGCGGCGAGCGCGUGACGCGCGUGCAGGCACUUUCCGCCUACCUGUGGAAGGCCCUCGCCGGCGUCGUGGGCGCGGCUGAUGCGCACUGCCGGAUGGGAUGGUGGGUGAACGGGCGCCUGCGGCUCACGGCGCCGGGGCUCCCCGACGCGACGCGAAACUACGUCGGCAACCUCAUCACCUUGGUGGAACGCGAGGUGAGCGUGCAGGAGGUCCAGCGGAUGCCGCUGCCAGACACGGACAUGGUGCGUGAGACAAUCGCAGCGCCGGCGUACGAAGAACACUUCCAGGAGCUCGUGGACUGGGUAGAGCUGCCCAAGGCCAGGCGCUAUAUGGAGACGACGAAUCUCGGCCUGGGCAGCCCGACGCUGGUCCUUUCGCCAGUGACCUCGUUACUGGUGGACACAGACUUCGGCUUCGGGAGCGCCGUGAUAGCGUUGCCGGUGUCGAUGCCGGAAGCAAGGAUGUGCACGGGAUAUGUGCAAACCUUCGCAAAACCAGAUGGCGAUGGUUCCUGGGCCGCCGCCACAGUACUCUGGCCGCGGCUUGCAGCGGCGCUCGAGGCUGACGAGCCACGCAUCUUCAGGCCCCUCACGGCGGAGUACCUUGGCCUGUUUGCCCCGCAACUCCAGCGUGGUCGGCUCUGA